UGCUAAAUAAGAACCCCUUUUACACUUGUAUGUAAUAUGUUCAUUAUUUGGUGCGCAAGUGUGUUACCUUUACUUGUGUAGACGACGCCAUUUAAGCAGGAUUUUGUCAACAUGUGAUUUAUUAAGAAGGGCAUCAUUCUUCCCAGAAACCAUAUGCUUCUUUCUUUAGCUUUGGCACAAACCAACCUUUCCAAUAGAAUGCAUACUACCGCAAUAUCUGUAAAAGCAGAAAUGGCAUCUUCAGAGCAUAAUGCAAGCUCCGAAUCUUCUAAAGCUCAUUCUGUAUCAGAGAUUCGCGUUUUUGUGAGGAAAAAGAGAUUGAGAAAGUCUGAAUUAGUUACAGAAACUGCUGUAAAAUCAGAGCCUGAGGACCAUAAGCUAGGUAGCCUGCCUGAUAUUGAGGAAUUUGCAUACAGAAAGCCAAGUGAUAACUUAUAUCUGGGAAAAUCUAAACCCAUCACAAAAGUAGAUGAAACUAAGGUGAAAACACCUCCAAACUGGGAAAAAGUUCUUGAAGGAAUUCGUAAAAUGAGAUCUUCAGAAGAUGCUCCAGUAGACUCUAUGGGAUGCGAGAAAGCUGGUAGUUCUCUUCCUCCUAAAGAAAGAAGAUUUGCUGUUUUGAUAUCUUCGCUUCUAUCAAGCCAGACUAAAGAUAACGUCAACCAUGGAGCUAUACAACGUCUUCUUGAGAACGACCUUCUGAAAGCAGAAACAAUCGAGAAGGCUGAUGAAUCGAUCUUAAAAAACUUGAUUUACCCAGUUGGAUUUUACACGAGAAAAGCAACCAACAUGAAGAAAAUAGCGAAAAUAUGCAUGUUGAAAUACGAUGGAGAUAUCCCAGAAACACUCGAGGCAUUGCUGUCACUUCCAGGAAUUGGUCCGAAGAUGGCUCAUCUGGUGAUGAAUGUAGCAUGGAAUAAUGUUCAAGGGAUAUGUGUAGACACUCACGUGCACCGUAUUUGUAACCGGCUCGGUUGGGUUUCGCGGGACAGUUCAAAGGAGCGGACCAAGACACCGGAGGAGACACGAGAGUCGUUGCAGUUGUGGCUUCCUAAGGAAGAAUGGGUGCCGAUAAAUCCUCUUUUGGUGGGUUUUGGACAAACUGUAUGUACCCCUCUUCGGCCCUCCUGCGAUAUAUGUAUCAUUAACGACCUCUGCCCAUCGGCAUUUCGAGAGGCCACACCCAAGAAGACAAAAACGAAAAAGAAGAUUAGUAAAUCAGACGUUUCUUCUUAGUCGUUUGUUAUAUAAGCUUUUGUAUUAGGGACCUGACCCAGUGAUCGUAUGGCUCAAAAUUUAACCCCACGAUGUAUGUAUGCUUAACCAUCUCAGAAAUGUAUUUUCAUGAACUAAAAUUAUUAGCGAGUUUAUUUGGGUGUCCGGUCCCUACUUGCGUGAACCUCGACUAAUCCAGCGACAGUAGAGAGUAGUUGAUAUGUUUGUCAAAAAC